UCUCGAUCAAAGUAAGAGAGAAAUCGGACGAUUUUCUUUUUUUUUUGUUACUUAUCGUCCACUUGUUCUGUACGUGUCUGUGUUAAUCACUUUUAACGAGCGGCGCUUUUUAUUUUAACCAGAUAAGUUUCAUCAGGCGCGCGUUUGUCGUAUUUUUGGGCAACAUGUCGAAGACGAAGGUUUGCAUCGUUGGUAGCGGAAACUGGGGCUCGGCGAUCGCCAAGAUCGUCGGUGUGAACGUGACCAAGUUCGCAGACAAGUUCGAGGAGAGGGUGACGAUGUACGUGUACGAGGAGGUGCUCGAGGGCAAAAAGCUCACGGAAAUCAUCAACGAGACCCACGAGAACGUCAAAUACCUACCGGGACACAAACUCCCGGCCAAUAUCGUCGCAGUGCCCGACGUCGUGGAGGCAGCCAAGGACGCCGACAUCCUCAUCUUCGUCGUGCCCCACCAGUUCAUCCCGGGCCUGUGUGCCGCGAUGCUCGGCAAAAUCAAGCCCAGCGCCGUUGGUCUCUCCUUGAUCAAAGGUUUCGCCCAAGGUGACGGCACGAGCAUCAAGCUCAUCUCCAAGAUCAUCGAGGAGAAGCUCAAGAUCCCCUGCUCGGUACUCAUGGGCGCCAAUUUGGCCAACGAGGUGGCCGAGGAGCACUUUUGCGAGACCACGAUCGGUUGCAAGGACGCCCACAUGGGAGCGAUCAUGAAGGACUGCAUGCAGAGUCCGAACUUCCGAGUUACGGUCGUGGAGGAUACGGAGGCCGUCGAGGUUUGCGGCGCCCUCAAAAAUAUCGUAGCUUGCGCCGCCGGUUUCGUGGAUGGUCUCGCUCUGGGGGACAACACCAAGGCGGCCGUCAUCAGGUUGGGCCUCAUGGAGAUGGUGCGCUACGUCGACACUUUCCACGGCGGCUCCAAGAUCACGACUUUCUUCGAGAGCUGCGGCGUUGCCGAUCUCAUCACCACCUGCUACGGCGGCAGGAAUCGCAGGGUUUGCGAGCAGUUCGUCAAGACUGGCAAGACAAUCAAGGAGCUGGAAGACGCUAUGUUGAACGGCCAAAAGUUGCAAGGACCAGCGACCGCCGAGGAGGUUAACGGUAUGCUAAAGGGGUGCAACAAGACGGACCAGUUCCCGCUGUUCACCGCCGUCCACCGCAUCUGCACGAAGGAGCUCAAGCCCCAGGACCUGAUCGACCAGAUCCGCAACACGCCCGAGCCAGCGAGAAAAUAAGCUGUCGCUGGCGACUAACCGACGAGUAAACCAACCCAUCUCGGACCGAUCGCUCUCCCGGCUAUGUAUCGAUGCUCAUGUGAUAUAUAUAAGUGUAUAUAAAAAUAGGAGUAAAAAGCAAUUGUGUGUACAGUGACCACCCACGCAUGUAAAUCCGCACGAUAUUAGAGGAAAAAAAUUAUUUAAAAAAAUGUAAAUAUACGCGCCGUGCGAUUUAAUGAAUUAUACAAAACAAACUUGUAAAUAAAAUACGCCGAAAAAUUG